AUGUCUUUAAACUACAUCAAAAACUUCUAUGAAGGAUGUCUCAGGCCUCCUACGGUGAUAGGCCAGUUCCACACCUUGUUCUUCGGCUCGGUGCGGAUGUUCUUCCUGGGGGUGCUGGGGUUCGCUGUCUAUGGGAAUGAGGCGCUGCACUUCAGUUGUGACCCUGAUCGCCGGGAGCUCAACCUGUACUGCUACAACCAGUUCAGACCCAUUACACCGCAGGUGUUUUGGGCGUUACAGCUGGUGACGGUGUUGGUACCCGGCGCCGUCUUCCACCUGUACGCCGCCUGUAAAAACAUUGACCAGGAGGAGAUCCUCCAGCGACCGAUCUACACCGUCUUCUAUAUCAUCUCCGUUUUGCUGCGCAUCAUCCUGGAGGUCAUCGCCUUCUGGCUACAGAGCCACCUCUUUGGCUUUCAGGUCCACCCUUUGUUCAUGUGUGAUGCCAGUGCGUUGGAAAAGACGUUUAACGUGACCAAGUGCAUGGUCCCCGAACACUUUGAAAAAACCAUCUUCCUCAGCGCCAUGUACACCUUCACCGUCAUCACCAUCUUGCUCUGCGUUGCCGAGAUAUUCGAGAUACUCUGCCGGCGUCUCGGUUAUCUCACCAACCAGUGA